GUCCAAUAGGACAGAGACUGGAGCGGCCCCGGAAGUGAUGCCACGGAGUUUCUAGCUUUUUCCGGUUCCGGCCUGGGGGGAUUCCGUUUUGGCGACAUGAAGCUGCUCACCCACAACCUGCUGAGCUCGCAUGUGCGGGGGGUGGGGCCCCGUGGCUUCCCUCUGCGCCUCCAGGCCACCGAGGUCCGCAUCAACCCCGUGGAGUUCAACCCCGACUUCGUGGCGCGUAUGAUACCCAAGGUGGAGUGGGCGGCGCUUCUGGAGGCGGCGGAUACCUUGCACCUGGUCGAGGUACCCAAAGAGCCGAUUGAAGGGUAUGAGCAUGACGAGAAGUUUCUGAGGAAGAUGCACCACGUGCUGCUGGAGGUGGAUGUGUUGGAGGGCACCCUGCAGUGCCCAGAGUCUGGACGUCUGUUUCCCAUCAGUCGUGGGAUCCCCAACAUGCUGCUGAGCGAUGAGGAAACUGAAACUUAAUCGUGCGAGUCGCUAGUUUUUCAUUCUGUAACUGUGUAUAUCUUAGUUCAAGGUCAUGUGUAUCCCCAACCCUGGAGCCAGUGAUACGCAAAACAGUGUUCUUGAGCUCGAUAUAUUUUUUUUUUCUCAUUAAAGGUUCAAAACCAAAA